AUGUCGUCCAGCCUGUGGCAGAAGCGCUACGCGAUGUCUUGGGGCAGACCUGUUGGCGGCGCCAGCCUUCCCCGCACCGCCGACGCGUCACACGAAGCGGAAGCCGCAUCGCAGGCGUUGGACUGGCGGAGGCUCUACGUGGCCAAGGCGGCGCUCGAGCGACGGUGGCGCGCGGGGCAGUGCAAAGUGACGAGCUUACCGCACAACGGCGUCUCCGUCGUUCAGCUGUGGAGAGGGGCUGCGAGGGAGCCCGGCCUCGGCUCAAUCGGCUCGCCGGCCGCGGAGCCUCAGCUCUCAUGGGAAUGGGAGUUUGUGAGCGGCGACAGCAAAGGAUUUCUCAGAGUGUGGGACGGCUCCGCUUUCACCCCGACCAAGUCGCUCCAGCUGCAUCACACUCAGAUCUGGUGGCUGGAGGUGAAGGACGAUCUCUGCGUGAGCAUUUCGGCCGACGGCAAGGUCAAGGUGACUGACCUGGAAAAGUUGGAGGGGAUUCGCGAUUUGGAGGGCCACGAGGGCAACGCAGUCUGGGGCGUGGACUUCCAUGUGGAACACGACGUCGUCAUCAGCGGCGACCAACGGGGUUUGUUCAUCGUGCACCGGCUCUCCACCGGCGAGCAGCUUUUCUCGCACAGCUUCCCCUGGGGCGUCAUCGACUGCCGGUACAUAGCCUCGCUCCGGCGGUGCGUCGUGUCUCUUCCGGGACCCGACAUCCACGUGAUCGAUCUCGCCACCGAAGAGGUGACUAAGUGGAAAGGCCACGAGGGAGGCACCAUCAUGUGUCUCCGCCUGCAUGACGAUUUGCUGCUCUCGGGCUGCGAGGACAAGACGGUGCGUAUAUGGGAUGUGAAGACGGGCGAGUGCGUGCGCGUGUUCGAGACGCAGGGCACGACCUACGACGUGCGCCUGUGCGACGACAAGCUGGUGGCCGCCGUCACCAACCGCUCCGGCGAAUCGCUCCUCCGCGUUUGGCAUUUCGCCACCGGCGAGCUCUGCUGCGACAUUCCGCUCCACCAGCGCACGAAUCGGACCUACUCGCUCACUGUGCUGCCCGACCGCGUGCGAGAAGAAGAGGUCCAAGAGCUCUGCGCCGACGACAAAGCCCGGCAAGUGUUCCCUACAGUAGUCCCUAUUCACUCUAGUUCGAAUUCUCUUGUCUACAUUUAA